UGAUCCCAGACCCAGCUCCCUGACUGCUUAAACACGCAGAUACACACACACACACACACACACACACACAUUCCCUCCCUGUGCCUCCCUCCUCCCUGUACAAAUUAGUUAAGUCACUUGACUCAAAAGCCUCAAAACAGUCAACCUGUUACUUAUGUUAGUGCUGGCGUGAACAAUUUGUAUUGGUGUGGCGUGAACUCCUGUCCUUUUUGGCUUAUUUGUGAUUAGAGGGGACCAGAAGUAAGGGGACAAUGCGAGUCCAAGUACACACCAAGUUCUGUUUCCUGUGUGUGCUCACCUUCCUCUUCCAUCAGUGCAACCACUGCCAUGGAGACGGGCACAACCAUCAGCACGGCGGACAUCACCAUACCAAUCACAGCCACGCCCACAGCGACCUGCAGAUUUCCGAAGCUCCAUACGUGAAAGGACCCACUUUGUCCCCGGAGCCUGUAAGUCGCGAAGGGCACUCUCUAGAGGAGGAGCAGCGCUUCUACAUCCAGCAGCUGUUCAGGCGCUACGGACAGAAAGAUAGGCUUGAUUUCCAGGGAUUUCAGAGUCUGCUGUUUAGCUUGGGCCUGGGUGAAGUGAAGGUGGUAGAUGUAGAUCAUGAGGAGCUAGGCCAUGACCACGUAGCACACCUCGACCUGGUGGAUGUGCAGGAAGGGCUUCACUCCCAUUCAUCCACCAAUGACGGCCAUAGCCAGGGUCACGGGCACGGUCAUCCGCACCACAAGACCGGCUCCCACCAUCCACUCACAGAACAACAUCCGACAAAGUGCAACCAGCAGACCACUGCUGCCAGUCCGGCUGCUGGUGCACCUACAGGACGUGAUCACCAUCAUGGGCAUGAUGCAGAACAUAAUCAUGAUCACACCAAGGUAGAGGAUAGUGACCAUAAACACUCUGAUGGACGUGUGCAGGACACACAUGAUCACGCACAUAACAAGGAGCACAAACAUGGGCAGGUACAGGUGGACUCUAACCACAAGGACCUGUCUUCUCAACCUCACAGUGAUCACGGUCACAGUGACCACGACCACAGCGAUCACGGUCACAGUGACCACGACCACAGCGAUCACGGCCACAGUGAGCACGACCACAGUGAGCACGGCCACAGUGACCACGACCACAGCGACCACGACCACAGCGAUCAUGAACACGACCGCGAUAUUGUCCCCGAAGUGCAGACGGGCACAGCCAUACCUCCCCUCGGCCAGGAGCAGCAGCUCUCUGCCCAGUCGCAGCCGUCCCCAGUCCCUCAAGUGCCACACUCCACUCCUGCCACCACAGGAAGUCGGCCCAAGAAGCCGGGAAAGCCAGCCAGGGUCAGAGGACAGCGAGGGCGGAACAAAACUUCUUCUCCUCUCACGCCUCAGCCUAAUGACCAAGACCAUCAGUCUGAACACAGUCAUGGCCAUGAUCACGGUCACGGUCACAUCCAUUCUCAUAAAGAUAAGAGGGAGGCACCAGGAGGGCCUGCCAUCCCCACUUUGCCAGUCCCGGUCUUGUCUGGCCACCCAGAAGGAGUGGCUCACCAACAUGAGGAGUGUUUGAACCUGACUCAGCUCCUCGCCUUCUACGGCCUGAGUCCCGAUUCGCUCAUCUCGCCCAGCCAGUUCACCUACCUAUGUCCUGCCCUGCUUUACCAGAUAGACAGUCGUGUCUGCAUCCGCCAUUACCACCAGAUGGAUGUGGAGCAGAAAGCCUUGGAGCCCGUCAGUUCCGUGUGGGUGUGGCUGUGGGGGUUUGUGUCCAUCACCAUCAUCAGCCUGCUAUCUCUGCUGGGCGUGGUGCUCGUACCCAUCCUCAAACAAUCCUGCUUCAAGUUCCUGCUCACCUUCCUGGUGGCGCUGGCCGUGGGCACGCUCAGUGGCGACGCUCUCCUUCACCUGCUGCCUCACUCCCAGGGACAGCACGACCACAGCGAGCCUGCGACGAGUCAGGACACGGAUCUGGUAACAGCCUUUGAUGGAGUGUGGAAGGGCCUAACGGCUCUAGCCGGCAUCUACCUCCUCUUCAUCAUCGAACACUGUAUCGGCAUGUUUAAGCACUACAAAGACCACAGGGGCAUGAAGAAGGGGAGCGAGGAGGGCAAGAUUGGCAGGAAGUUGUCCGAUCACAAGUUAAAUCGGCGCUCAGAUGCAGAGUGGCUGCACUUGAAGCCGCUCAGUGAAGACCCCGACAGCACCGCCGUCUCCUGCGACAACGGUCACAACGACACGCAGCUCACGGAGCUCCAGACGCCCGACUCUCCCACCAACAAGACGCCUCUGGCACCCACGGUCCCCCAACAAGAGCACCAGUCACCCACUAAGGAGAACGGACGCAAGGCCAAGAAGCACGGCCACUCGCACGGCCACGGCCACUCCCACGGUGGGAACUGCCACUCAGACCAGGAGAUGAAGGACGCCGGUAUAGCCAGCAUCGCCUGGAUGGUCAUCAUGGGCGAUGGCAUGCAUAACUUCAGCGACGGCCUGGCUAUAGGCGCAGCAUUCAGUGCAAACCUGACAGGAGGCAUCAGUACAUCAGUGGCUGUUUUCUGCCAUGAACUGCCUCAUGAACUUGGUGACUUUGCAGUGCUGCUGAAAGCGGGGAUGUCAGUGAAGCAGGCCAUUGCCUACAAUCUGCUGUCCGCCCUCAUGGCCUACGUUGGCAUGGUGAUUGGCACAGCUGUGGGCCAGUACACACACAAUGUCACCAGCUGGAUCUUCGCCAUCACGGCUGGCAUGUUCCUUUAUGUGGCUCUGGUGGAUAUGCUGCCAGAAAUGCUUCACGGGGACAGUGAGGACCACAAGCGCUGCCAGCUGGGACACUUUAUCCUGCAGAACCUGGGCCUGCUGACCGGGUUCGGCAUCAUGCUGCUCAUCGCCAUCUUCGAAGACCGCAUCGUUUUCGAUUUUGGCUUUUAGUCGAGACGUAGAGAAGGGGGUGCUGGGAAGCGAAAGGAGAGGGGAGAGCUGGAUGUAUCAAUAUUGUUCUUCUUGGCCUUAACACGCUUUGUUUGCAAUGUAACGGCCCAGUCUUGCAUGCAAUGUGGGUCCCGUUCACAGCCAGUGCCACCAUUCCAAAACAUGCAGCGGUAGUUUAUGCAUAGCUCAUGACUCUGCCAGUGAUGUUUACACUCCGCUCCUCCAUUACCUCUCUCCUCUGUCAGCUCCAAUCUGUCUGCUCCCUGUGAAGAAAGAAAAAAAUAAAAUAAAAGAAGAGCGAGGCUUCAGGCCGACAGAGAACACCUCCUCUGCUUUGAACCAGUAACCUCCAUCUUAAAAGAGAGCUGUAGACAGUAGGGGGGCACAGGAAGGAAGCGCGCGCGUUUCUGCAGAGAGGCAGCAGUCACGGCCCAGCAGCUCACCGCCUAUGCAUCCAUCACCUGUUGUUAAGUGUGUUGUUGCCGUACA